GGAGGCAGGGGAGCUGCCUGGUGGUGCUGGAGCAGUGGGUCGGUACCUCCUCCCAGGACCGUCAUCUGGUCCAGCUCCCUUACACGCCCCAGCAUCUUCUGUGCCUCUAAGAACCUGGCCCUCAGCCCGCCCGCGCCCCUCCCUGGGAUGCCGAGCCUUUCUCCAGGACCGUGCAUUCCUGCAGUGUCAGAACCACUGGCAGCUGCCGCAGACGCCGGCGGAGCGAUUGUUUUACCACGAACAGGUGCGGCUUGGCACUGGGUUUUGCUGAGGAGCAGUGGGAAACCGAAGAUAUACGAAUCCUGAUCAUUGCAGUUUUCUGAUUGCUGUGCAAGGAUGGAGGCCCCACUGGUGAGUUUGGAUGAAGAAUUUGAGGACCUUCGGCCCUGCUGCUCUGAAGACCCCGAGGAGAAGCCCCGGUGUUUCUACGGCUCAUCUCCCCACCAUCUCGAGGACCCCUCCCUAUCUGAGCUGGAGAAUUUUUCUUCUGAAAUCAUCAGCUUCAAGUCCAUGGAGGACCUGGUGAAUGAAUUUGAUGAGAAGCUCAAUGUCUGCUUUCGGAACUACAACGCCAAGACCGAGAACCUAGCUCCGGUGAAGAACCAGUUCCAGAUUCAAGAGGAGGAGGAGACCCUGCAGGAUGAGGAGUAA